AACGCUAGCGGUGCAGGAAAUCGUCGUUCGCCUGAACCUGACUAGCGUGUCAAGGCGUACGUGUCACGGCGCCACGCUCGCGUCGACUGACCGCGCCGCCCGGCCAGACUCGUUCGGGUGUCCAUAAAACCCCGAGACGCGAGAGCGAGACGACGACGCCGGCCACGUACAAGGCUCGUUCGAUCGCGAUCCCGGCCGUUCCGCACUGAUCGAGAGCGGGCAUGGCGGCCUCGAAAGUGUCCGCCGUGCCGAAGGGCCUCGGCGCCAUGGAAGACGUCGCGGUGGCUGCCAAGAAGGGAAGGUGGGGUUUCGUCCAGUUCUUCUUCGUGCUCUCCGUCGUCCUCUGCGCGCUCCUCUACGCGCCGCGCGUCUUCGUGCUCGGCCCCGCGCACGGCGUCGACGUCGUCGGCUUCUUCACGGCGGCGAAUUCUUCCGAGGGGACGUCGUCGGAGGAGGAUGGCGGCCGUCUGGUCCUUGACAACCAGGUGCACUCCCCGUGCGCGUCCAUGCGCGACCACACCAUCUGCUGCGACCGCUCGAGCGUCCACACCGACGUGUGCUUCAUGGCCGGAGACGUGCGCACAGACGCCGCGUCCCUGUCGCUCCUGCUCUUCCCGCCGCACGACCAGCAGAAGCAAGCGCCGAACGGCUCGUCGUCGACGGCGACGGAGGAGGAGAGGGUGCGGCCCUACCCGCGCAAGUGGGAGCGCUUCAUCAUGGAGAAGAUCCCGGAGGUGCGUCUCCGGGUGGCGCGGCCGCCGGAUGAGCGCAGGUGCGACGUCCGUCACGACGCGCCUCUCCUGGUCAUGUCGGCGGGGGGAUACACGGGGAACCUGUUCCACGCGUUCAACGACGGGAUCCUUCCGUCGUGGCUGACGGUGCAGCACCUCCGCCGCCGCGUCGUGCUGGGGGUCCUCUCGUACAACCCGUGGUGGGCGGGCACGUUCGGCGAGAUCAUCUCCGGGCUCUCGGACCACCACGUGGUGGACCUGCUCCACGACAAGCGGACGCAUUGCUUCCCCGGCGCCAUCGUGGGGACCCGCUUCCACGGCAUCCUCGUCGUCGACCCCGGCAGGCUCCGGGACAACAAGACCAUCGCCGACUUCCACGACCUCCUGGCCGACGCGUACGAGAAGCCCAAGAUGACGCCGGAGAAGACGCAGGCCGCACCGGCGGAGACACGGCGGCCAAGGCUCGGGAUCGUGUCGCGCAAGGGGACGCGCGUGAUCGAGAACCAGGCGGCCGUGGCGGCGCUGGCGUCGUCGGUGGGGUUCGACGUAGAGGUCCUGGAGACGGCGAACGGGCUGCCGCUGUCGGCGUGGUACGCGUCGUUGAGCGGCUGCGACGCGCUGGUGGGGGUGCACGGCGCGGACCUGACCAAGUUCCUGUUCCUCCGCCCGGGGCGCGCGUCGCUGACCCAGAUCGCGCCGCUCGGCGUGUCCCCGAUCGCGCGGGAGUGCUUCGGCGGGCCGGCGGCGAGGAUGGGGCUGCGCUACGAGCAGUACGAGGUGACCGGGAGGGAGAGCUCGCUGGCCCGGAGGUACGCGCCGGAGGACGAGGUGGUGGCGGACCCGGAGAAGGCGAAGCGAAGCAAGGGGUGGGGCUUCGUGGCGCGCGUGUACCUGGGAGGGCAGAACGUGACCCUGGACCUGGGCAGGUUCCGCGAGACGCUGGCCAGGUUGCACGCGCACGCCCUGCUGCAGCGGCGGCGGCGGGGACAGCUAGCAGAGGAGACCAGGCCGAAGAAGCGGUGAUGGCGAUCGAGAGAGACGGCGGCUUGGCGUGUUGCGGCCGAGGAUACUGUUCCGGCGGUUGGGGAUCAGCAGCCAUCAGCAGCGGCUUGGAACGACGUGACGUGCGUGACAAGUGCUGGGAUAUGCUGACCACCGUGCAUUUUGGACGAUUUCUUCUUGCAUUGCUCGUCAUCAGAAGAAUAGUAUCCUUGUCCCGAGUGCUGCUGUACGUGACGGGAAAUAUGCCAACUAACGUACGUGACGGCAGCAUGUAUACUAGAGAGUUUGCAAGUUCCAGAGCAUUUAUAUCACAAGAUACUAUACUACUAUAAGAUUUCUUGGGAGUA